UUUCAUUUCAUUUCAUUUCAGUUCAUUAUUGUGUCGAACCAAUCCUUCAAAAAUCUUGUUAAACUAAGUAAAUUCGCAUUGUAAUGCUGCUAAACUUCUAGAACAAGAUACAAAUAAGCAUAAAUAACUGGAGAGGAAUUAAGGAAUUACGUAAAAUAGGCAAAAAGAACAACUUUUACAACUCAUCAAAUUUUGUGAAAUUCAGAAACUAAGAAAAGGAAUGGAUUUUUCUAAUCCCAACAAACUACCGAUCCAUGAAGUCAUUCUGUAUCACGAAAAGGAGAAAAUCUGUGCUCUUAAUGCAAAAUGGACAGAAAAAAGGUGCAUUACAAAGUAUAUUCCAUUAAAAUUCAAAGGAGGAAAGAUUUUUGACAGCUUUGAUGAAGAUGAAUGGAUGGGCGAAAAUAAAUUAUUUAAUAAGGAUUUGGAGUGGAUUCUUGGGUUGAACUUCCAUCGAUUCUGGUCGCACGUGAUUUAUGACAAAGAAUUUCUCAAUCCACUCCUUCAUUUUCUACAAGAAUCAACACCAUUUUAUAUUCCAUUGAGAGACCUUUUUUACGAUAAUGAACCGCUUGUUGAGCUGUACGAGAGAAUUUGUCGCAACGCACUGGUCAUUAUAUGUCGACUGAUAACAAAUCGUGAAUCGGAUGAGGAAUUUAUGACUAAGGAGAAGCAAGCUGAGUUGAUUUAUGGAAACUAUGUAAUUUCUGUUCCCAUGUUAUUUGACAUUGUUGCACUUUAUGGAUACAAUAAUCGAGAUUUAGUACAGAAAAUUAUUACGACGGUGCUGAAAAUUGAGCCAAAAUAUUCGAAUGACUUGAAAACUGGAAUAAAAUUUGUUCGUGACACGUUAGGGACAAUAAAGGAACAAAUAUCGUUGAUCGAGAAGGAAAACCGUGAUUUAUUUGACAGUUAUGAGGAUGUGAGUCUAUACUUGAUGAAUAUUUCAUCGACACUAAAUCUUCUUGCCGAACUUGUUCCGAAUGAUAUUAAAAGCUAUUGCAGUCAUGAUUUACAUCUUGAGCAAGCAAUUGCCAUAUUUUAUGAUAACACAAUUCCGAUACUUUAUCAAAAUUCGAUAGAAGUUGAUUCAUCAGCAUGGUUCCUUAACUUUAUCAAUUAUUCACGAAUCGAAUUGAUUCAUGCAUUUAGGAAUCUUUUGAAUAAAAAUCUUUUGGCUAUUUUUAAUGCAAAUGAGAAAGCUAGACUGAAGAUUGCUGAUGAAAUUCUUUGCUCAUUCACUGAAAUUGCUGGAUAUCGAUUGUUUAUAGCUGACUAUAUUAAAUUUUAUCCUAUUGAGAUGGAUUUGGAUGUUUUAACACAAAGUGUUCUGAAAAUUGACAAAAUUAAGCUAGAUUUCGUUAAGGAUGCUUUCAAACUUGAAUCAUCCAACAUCCCAAAUGGAUAUCAUGGACAAUCCAAUAAUUCAGAAAAGCCGAGUGAUUAUGAAAUUGAUGAAUUAGAAAUGGAAGGUGCUUGUGCCUUACCGUUAAAGAAAGAAGGUCCACAACUUCCUGACAAAGAUACAGAAGACUUUGUUCAGCUAGAAACAACUAAAAUAUUGGAAUUGUUUCCUGAUUAUGGUGCUGGAUAUAUCAGAAGACUGUUGGCAUUUUAUGAUAAUAAUUCUGAGACUGUUAUUGCUAAGAUGCUUGAAGACACUCUUGAUGAAACGCUAAAUAACUACGACAAGCAAGAGCCUUAUAUUCCACCUGAAACUGAACCUUUACCGUCAACAUCAAGUGCUUUGAGCACUACUGACCGCUAUAUAGAAGAAUUCGGUGGGCAUGUGCUGAAAAAUGGUAGAAACUUGACAAAAAAACAACCUAAAUCAUAUGCAGACUUGAUUAAUGAUAAAAGUCAUGUUAAUGAUAUGAGAGAUCGCUAUAAGCAGUAUAAUUUAGUCAGUGAUGUAAUUGAGGACAAGGACAAUGAAUAUGAUGACGAAUAUGACGAUUCUUAUGAAGUUUUUGCUGAUACAGAACCAAAAAUUCAUAUUCGUGGAAGGAUGCGUGAAGCUUUACCAGACGACAUCGAUUCAGAUACGAGUGAAGAAAGUGACGAUGGGGAAAAUCAACAGCCGAAGAAAAAUCCACUCGAUUUUUGUGAAAAUCCUGAAGUAAUUCGAGCAAGACGUGAACAAAGAUUUCAAAGUAAAAUUUCUAAAAAGCAACCAAAUAAGCCAGUUGCUGAAAAUAAAAGUCGGGAUGUUGUUGGAACUGCAAAAGGUCAAGGACAGAGUAAUGAUGUCCUACGAAAUCGUCAGCAAAAGAACACUAACAAGUCAUCUAGAGCUAAUCAUAGUCGAAAAGCUGGAAGUACAUUUAAACAGAGUCGUGGAAUGUAUUAAGUUAUGAAAGUAUGUUUUGUGCUGGAAUCUAGUUUAAUAAAAGGAAUCAAACGUUUUUUAUAUUUAAGAA